GUUCCGUUUCCAAGCUAGCUGUAGUUCUGUAAUGAGUAUGAUUGUUUGAUGAGGAGUGAGGUGGAACGAGGAGAUGUGGUCCUUUUUCGCCAGGGAUCCAGUCAAAGACUUCGCUUAUGAAAUUAUUCCAGACAGCCAGGAGAAGUCUGGAAUAUGGUCGCUCCACCGGGGGAAGCGAAAGUCCAACGCAGAGCCGGUGUCGGUGUUCGUGCAUGAGGUGGCUCAGGGAUUGGAGCAGCAGACUCAGCUGGCAAAGGCAGCCUUCAAGCGGAUGAAGACCCUUCGCCACCCCAACAUCCUGGCCUACGUUGAUGGCUUGGAGACGGAGAAGAGCCUGUACCUGGUAACUGAACAGGUGACUCCCUUGGCCAUUCACUUGAAGGGUGGUCCUAGUGAACUGGAGGUUUCCUGGGGUUUGCAUCAGAUAGUGAAAGCUCUGAGUUUCUUAGUAAAUGAUUGCCACCUGCUCCAUAACAACUUGGGUGUGUGGGCCAUCUUUGUUGAUCGAGCUGGAGAGUGGAAGCUGGGGUCCCUCGACCAUGUUGCCCCGGAACAGGGUGACCCAAGCGGGGCCUUGCUUCCUGAUCCGAAGGCUGUUUACCCAGGCAUGGAGAAGUACGACCCGCCAGAGAUGCCCAAUUGCAGCGGAGAGAAAUGGGCUGGGGAGGUGUGGCGGUUAGGCUGUCUGAUCUGGGAAGUGUUUAACGGGCCACUUGCCCGAACAGCCUCACUUCGUUCACUAGGGAAGAUCCCCAAGGCCCUGGUUCCUCAUUACUGUGAGCUGGUCGGCGCCAAUCCACGGGCUCGGCCCAAUCCAGGCUGCUUCCUUCAGAACUGCCGACGUCCCGGAGGGUUCCUCAGUAACAGCUUUGUGGAGAGCAACCUCUUCCUGGAGGAGAUUCAGAUCAAGGAACCAGCCGAGAAGCAGCAAUUCUUCCAGGAUCUGAGUGACAACCUGGACUCUUUCCCAGAGGACUUCUGUAAACACAAGGUCCUGCCUCAACUGCUCACCGCCUUCGAGUUUGGGAAUGCCGGCGCUGUAGUCCUCACUCCACUUUUCAAGGUGGGGAAGUUCCUGUCUGCUGAAGAAUACCAACAGAAGAUCAUCCCUGUCAUCGUGAAGAUGUUUUCCUCCACAGACAGGGCUAUGAGGAUACGACUGCUCCAGCAGAUGGAGCAGUUCAUUCAAUAUCUUAAUGAAGCAGCGGUGAAUUCACAGAUUUUCCCUCAUGUUGUUCACGGGUUUACUGACACCAACCCUGCCAUCAGAGAGCAGACCGUUAAGUCUAUGUUGCUGCUGGCUCCCAAACUCAACGAGUGCAACUUGAACCAAGAGCUCAUGCGCCAUUUUGCCAAGCUGCAGGCCAGGGAUGAGCAGGGCCCAAUCCGAUGCAACACCACUGUCUGCCUCGGAAAGAUCGCCUCCUACCUCAAUGCCGGGACACGACAGCGAGUUCUGAUUUCUGCAUUCUCACGAGCCACAAAAGACCCCUUCGCAGCAUCGCGUUCUGCUGGUGUGCUCGGCUUUGCUGCCACACACCACUACUAUAGCCUAACAGAGGUUGCCGCCCGAAUCUUGCCUGCACUUUGUGCUGUUACUGUCGACCCUGACAAGAGCGUCAGGGAGCAGGCUUUCAAAGCUAUUAAGAGUUUCAUCUCCAAGCUGGAAACCGUGUCAGAAGAUCCUACCAAGCUGGCUGAGAUAGAAAAGGAUGUUGGGUCGUCUGCUCAGCCACCCGGCACCUCUUCUGGCUGGACCGGCUGGGCUGUGACCGGUAUGUCCUCGUUGACAUCCAAGUUGAUACGCAACGCACCAGGGACAGUGGGAGGGGAGACAACUGAGAGCAGCGGGGCUUCAAACGCCACCAGCGUGACCCCCACCGGCACCAACGGAGGUCCUGGUCCUGGAGAGAAAAGUUCACACACCUACCUGACCCAAAGUUCUAAUGCCUCAAGCCCUGUGGACCGGUCACAUACUCUUGAAGGGACGGAUAAUGAUGAGGAGCCAGGAGAGCGCUGGGAUGAUGAGGAAGAUUGGGGGAGUUUAGAGGACUCAGAGAAAGGUCGGGCUGAGAAGGUUGACUGGAAUACUGAUUGGUCGGGAAUAAAAUCAUCCAAAAAGAACACCGGUGAACAAGGAGUGGCCAGGUCAUCAUCCACCAUGCCGGUGAAAAAGCAAAGCUCAGACUGGAGCAGUUCAGGCUGGGACGCUGACGACAGCUGGUCCAACGAGAAAGAGGGCCAGGGCCAGAGUUCGACUGGCGAAGAGGGUUGGGACAACGAAUGGGGAGAGGGGGAGACGGACGUCGUCAGUACCGCCCUGCCUGAGGGGAUCCGCUUGGCCAGCGAGUACAACUGGGAAAGCAAAGGACCCAGUCAGAGCGACCUGUUCGCUUGUGUGGCACAGAGAAACACAGAGGCCCUCACGCGUGGCGUUGGCUGGAAUACAGAUGCAACAGAAGACUGGGGCACUGAAGAAACUUGGGAAGCGCUAGAUGGAAAUCAAGGUCUGAGCAAGGCCGAGCUGUCCAAGAAGAAACGAGAAGAGAGAAGGAAAGAGCUGGAGGCCAAACGGGCGGAGCGCAAGGCUGCCAAAGGUCCCCUCAAGCUGGGUGCACGCAAACUGGACUGAUGGUGCGUUUCACCAGGUACGACCAUGACCUGCAUUGACUGAACAAGGGCCACCAUAUGGAGGCUCCACAUUCCUAGUAAAGAGCCACCGACGAGAAUGGGAACUUCUUUUAGAACUGUCGCUCACUUGGACAACAUAGCUUUGGAUUCUCUGCUGAUCAUCAACGCAGAAACUUGGAGGCGGUUGACACUGCAGAAAUCCCUUGUUUAUCUCGCAUUGUACUAUUAAAUGGGAGCAAAAAGCAACAAGGGUUCAUGGCACAAUAUUCGGGUUUGGGGUUCAUAACACAAUAUUCGUGUUCGCGCUUCAUAAAACACUCAGUUGUAAAGUAAAUGUAUAUAAAAUGGAGCCUUUUGUCUUAAAAUGACACUUCUUCAAAUAGUAAUGUAAUAUAUACACACUCACAGUGGGGCAAAAAAGUAUUUAGUCAGCCAGCAAUUGUGCAAGUUCUCCCACUUAAAAAGAUAAGCGAGGCCUAUCAUUUUCAUCAUAGGUAUACCUCACUCAUGAGAGACAACAUUAGGGAAACAAAUUCAGAAAAUCACAUUGUCUGAUUUUUAAAGAAUCUAUUAGCAAAUUAUGGUGGAAAAUAAGUAUUUAGUCAAGAACAAAAGUUCAUCUCAAUACUUGAUAUGCCCUUUUUCGGCAAUGACAGAGGUCAAACGUUUUCUGUAACUCUUCACAAGGUUUUCACACACGGUUGCUGAUAUUUUGGCCCAUUCCUCCAUGCCGAUCUCCUCUAGAGCAGUGAGGUUUUGGGGCUGUCGCUGGGCAACACAGACUCCCUCCAAAGAUUUUCUAUGGGGUUAAGAUCUGGAGAUUGGCUAGGCCAUUCCCGGACCUUGAAAUGCUUCUUACGAAGCCACUCCUUCGUUGCCCGGGCGGUGUGUUUGGGAUCGUUGUCAUGCUCAAAGACCAAGCCACGUUUCGUCUUCAAUGCCCUUGCUGAUGGAAGGAGGUUUUCACUCAAAAUCUCACAAUACAUGGCCGAUUCAUUCUUUCCUUUACACGGAUCACCUUUACACCUUUGCAGAAAAACAGCCCUAAAGCAUGAUGUUUCCACCCCCAUGCUUCACAGUAGGUAUGGUUGUUCUUUGGAUGCAACUCAGCAUUCUUUCUCCUCCAAACACAACAAGUUGAGUUUUUACCAAAAAGUUCUAUUUUGGUUUCAUCUGACCAUAUGACAUUCUCCCAAUCCUCUUCUGGAUCAUCCAGAUGCUCUCUAGCAAACUUUAAAUGGGCAUGGACAUGUACUGGCUUAAGCAGGGGGACACAUCUGGCACUGCAGGAUUUGAGUCCCUGGUGGCGUAGUGCAUUACUGAUGGUAGCCUUUGUUACUUUGGUCCCUGCUCUCUGCAGUUCAUUCACUAGCUCCCCCCCCCCAUCUGGUUCUGGGAUUUUUACUCACCGUUCUUGUGAUCAUUUUGACCCCACGGGGUGAGAUCUUGUGUGGAGUCCCAGAUCGAGGGAGCUUAACAGUGUCUUUCAUUUUUUUUCUAAAAGUUGCUCCCACAGUUGAUUUCUUCACACCAAGCUGCUUACCUAUUGCAGAUUCAGUCUUCCCAACCUGGUGCAGGUGUACAAUUUUGUUUUUGGUGUCCUUUGACAGCUUUUCGGUCUUGGCCAUUGUGGAGUUUGGACUGUGACUGUUUGAGGUUGUGGACAGGUGUCGUUUAUACUGAUAACGAGUUCAAACAGGUACCAUUGAUAUAGGUAACGAGUGGAGGACAGAGGAGCCUCUUGAAGAAGAAGUUACAGCUCUGUGAGAGCCAGAAAUCUUUGUUCUUUAAAAAUCAGACACUGUGAUUUUUUUUUUUUUUUCCCUCUCUCUCAUUUGGUAUCUCAUAGGUGUGGUAUACCGAUGAUGAAAAUUAUAGGCCUCUCAUCUUUCUAAGUGGGAGUACUUGCACAAUUGGUGGCUGACUAAAUACUUUUUCGCCCCAGUUUGUGUGUGUGUGUGUGUGUGUGUGUGUGUGAGCCUAUCCCAGCUAUCAUCGGGCAGGAGGCGGGGUACACCCUGAACUGGUUGCCAGCCAAUCGCAGGGCACAAACAAACAAACAAACAACCAUUCGCACUCACAGUCACACCUACGGGCAAUUUAGAGUCUCCAAUUCAUGCAUGUUUUUGGGAUGUGGGAGGAAACCGGAGUGCCCAGAGAAAACCCAUGCAGGCACGGGGAGAACAUGCAAACUCCACACAGGGGAUUGAACCCGGGUCUUCAGAACUGUGAGGCUGACGCUCUAACCAGUCGCCCACCGU